AUGGCAAACGGCCCCGUGGUUACGGCCCCCAAUGCGCCCGAACAACUCGCCUCUCUUCUCCAGGAUAUCAACGGUCACAGUGCAGCAUUCAGAAAUGGGGAUGCCAAUUCUAGACUGAAGCUGGUGGCAGCAGCUCAAUCGUUACUGCAAGCGAUGGAAACCCCUCAGGAAACGAUACUCCGCUAUGUUUGGGCGCAGCCUGCCACCUUUGCAGCAAUUGAAACCUGUAUCGAUCUGAACAUAUUCGCCCUCAUCUCUUGGAAUGGCCGGUCGAGGUCUGUGGCAGACCUGGCUAAGGCGACAGGCGCGGAACCAGAAGUGCUUGGACGGCUGUUAAAACAUCUUGGGGCUGUGGGCGUCAUUAUUGAAAUAGGGCUCGAUGAAUACCGGGGAACACGAUUCUCCUCCGCUCUAGCCAUGCCCCGAUACAGAGACACAUUCCCAUGCAUAACCGGAAGCACCCUACCCGCAAUCCUCGCCAUCCCAACCUGGCUCAAAGAGAACAACUACCGCAGCCCAACAGAAGGCACAAACUCCCCCUUCAACGUAGGCUUCCAAACAAACAGCCACUUCUUCGAGUACCUCCAGACCACCAACCCGCGCUACCCCAAUCUCCCCGCCCAGUUCAACUCCCUCAUGUCUACCUACCACUACGGCCGACCCAGCUGGACAGACCAGGGCUUCUACCCCGUCCAAGAGCGCCUCAUCCGCGGAGCGAAAACUGCCCCCGACGGCGUCUUCCUCGUCGAUGUAGGCGGCAACAAAGGCCACGACCUGGAGCGGUUUCACGCCCAAUAUUCCAACGCACCUGGCCGACUCAUCCUACAAGACCAGCCCGCCGUGCUCGCCGACCUUCCGAGCAGCCACAACGACAAGCCGUUCGAGCCCAUGGCACAUGACUUCUUCACGCCGCAGCCGGUGCGUGGCGCGCGCGCAUACUUCCUGCACUCUGUGCUGCAUGACUGGAAUGACCCACUGUGCGUGAUGAUAUUGCGCAAUUUGGCGGCUAGCAUGACGCGCGGAUAUAGCAGGCUGCUUAUCUAUGAGAAUGUUAUUCCUGAUACCGGGGCGCACUGGCAGGCUACCUCUCUGGAUAUUGUCAUGAUGGCCGAUGUGGCGGCUAAGGAGCGUACUGAGCGUCAGUUGGUGGAGCUGGCUCGGUUGGCUGGGCUGCGUGUGUUGAAGAUAUGGACUGUCCCUUCUUGUGUUGAUGGGUUGAUUGAAUGCGAGUUGGCGUGAUGGUGAAUAUGAAGCUAUGCCAUUCCAGACCGCGCGAUCGUGUUCCUUUUC